AUGACUGCCACAGAAGCCACCAGUCUUUUCCCACCCGCCGCAACAACGCUCACAGGCGGCUGCCUCUGCUCCGCGAUCCGAUACGAAAUCCGGACACCAGAAGCCGCCUCCAGACCACUGGUUCCGGACGCGCUCCCAACUCCGUCACUACCAUGCCGCUACACCGGCUCAAGUGGGGGAGGAGACACAAUCGAUACGCGAGACUCACAGCUAGGCCGAGAUCAGACCAGAACACUUCCGACGACGUACCCAAUCAUCGAGCUGGACCACUGCGGCGACUGUCGACGAGCCUGCGGCAGUCUUGCGCAGUGCUGGAUGGUCGUGCCAUUAUCCUGGGCCACAUUCAUGCUCGUGCGUCGCUGGACACACGGCAUACCUUGGGGUAAAUCCCUCUCCGAUCUCGAGACGUCGAUGGUCGAAUUAAGAACAAGGGACGUCCUCUUGGGGCUGCGUAAAUGGAUGGAGAGCACUUACGCGAUGCACUACAGCAGCGAUGGAGCAAGUCAUCGGACGUUCUGUGGGAAGUGUGGGACGGGGCUUUCUUUCUUCUACCGACCGCCGAAUCCUGCCAAGGCUCGUGGCAAUGAUGCCGAGCGGUACAGAGACACUUACGAUGACGACGAUGAAGAGGUGUUCGAUAUUGCAAUAGGCACGCUUGACCACGACUCACUAAAUCUGAUCGGCGGCAUGGGUGAGUCUGCUGCUGAGGGCAUUGGGAUCCAGCGACACAGCCACUGGAGCAGUGAGAAGAGCGUGGAGUGGAUUAAGGAAGGACUGUAUCGUGGUUGGCCGCGGGUGCGGCAUCCGGGCGGCUUGCCCGUUGCUGUUGUAGAGGAAGACAAAGUGCUGGUCAACAGAGAAUGA